AUGAGGCAAUAUAAGGAAGAACAAGAAGAAGUGCAUAGAGAUGAAAUUAGUAAUAAUGGUAUACGAGAGCAGUGUUUUAAUUAUUUGAAUGGCUUUUUCGAUAGAAAUAUGCAUUCUAUACCUUUUACCGCUGAAGGAGAUUUUUGCAAUAUAAUGGCAGUGGUAAUAACUUUUGAUAAUAGAUCGGCAGCAUCUGAUAAUAAUAUUAAGCUUGAAGAGGAAAUUGCACUUUGUUUACAGAUUCUAUUUACAAAUUUAAUGCUAGGAACAGUUUUAAAGACUAUUACUAUGGAUAAGUAUGACCAGCAACAACAAAAUGAUAAGACAGCAACACUUGAACGAUUUCUAUCUCAGAUCAUUACAAGAUCGAUGCACCCUGCUUUGGUACUUCUAUUAGACUUGCUUAGCAAUGCUGAUACAAUUAAAAUAGCCCAAAAAAAUUCUGGUUUAGACAAACAUAAU